AAACGUGCAUGCAGGACAGACGAACAUGCUCGAAUAGGUCAAAAGACUCCAGUGGAUAAACGAGCCUCUACAGAAAGCAGGGUCGAAAGUAAUACUGCAGCGCCCAGAGAGCGACUUUGCUUGGCAAAUUGUUGAACCUCGGAACGUUGUCUCGGGACUAAUUUACGAAAAACGAGCAUACCGCACAGGAAGACCGAGUACAUGUGCAGCACCAAAACCAGCGAACCCAAACCGUAGUUGCCUUUAUGAGUCCGUGCAUAGAACUCUUCUGGAAGUAUAUGGAUAUCUUGAAAAUGCACGUUAAAACACUAAUCGAGCGCCCAGAAAAGCUGCAGUUGGCCAGAAACUGACCCUCUUGCAUUGAAUUGCAGACAAAGGUAGUAUGCAUUCUCCGGGAACUAAAAUGGGCGCGUAAAAACACUUCAUUCGCGAUGAUAAGUAUGGGAUUACUUCUUACUGGCAAUCGGACGGCUCGGGGCGAGUUCUUAAGCCUUAACUCUUAAAACAGAAUCUCGAACGACAUCAAAAAAAACUACUGAGCGUCCCUCAUUGGGCAACCGAAGAGCAGUGCAAUCACGGGGUGUCCAAGAAGCUAAGAGUUUCCAACAAAUUACCAACACUUGAUGACCACAAAACCUCGCUCUGGUUGUCACGAAAGGAGAGAUACCUGUUGAAAAAGAGCUGUACAAACAUGACGAAUUAUGCUCGUCCUCGGCACUGUGGAGGCGCUCCGCCUCCAGUCGGAGGCUUGUCCUUGAAACAGUUGGCUAUUUCUUUCGCGGCCGCCUGCUUCCGCAUUUUAUGAGUCUUUUGAUUCCUUAGCCUGUUCAACUGCUCCUGUCGCAUCCUUCUCUCCGCGGUAGCAUUCCUAGCUUGUGACGUAUCGUUUCCCACUGUGCCACGCUCGAAGGCGGCCGCCAUUUUGGUGACCUUGGGCCCCUGCUUGCGCUUUUUUUUCGAGUGCGCACACCCCAUCUUGAACCGGCCCAAUCCACGUACCGACACGCCUUCGUUUUCUCGAGGAUAGGGUACGUGUGUCUACCAAGAAGGAACGGCUAUACAGUGGAGACAGGCCAGAAACCGUUAGCUGCAACGGCAGUCGGCGAAGCUUGUUCCCACAUCGAAGAUAACAGAGGGCGGUUAUGUUGUACACCUCAUGAAAGAGAAGUGACGCCACGCACACGUUUUUCUCUUGCCCGGCAGAAUCAACACCAAAGUGUCUUCUGCAAAGCCAAUCAGGAGCAGCUUUUCUUGCAGCGGACCUAAAACAUGGAGAGACAGCAGUCGACGUGGUGGUGUCGAGUUCAGGGCCUCGGCACGGACGCCCUCAGGCUUAACAGCCGCAUAGAAUACAUAUCAUGCAAUUGGCCUCUCCGGACGGGCGGACACGCAUUUUGGUGCCUCCAUUAUCGUUUUCUCUUUGUAGCUCGGCGUGCAAAAAGAUGUGCAUGCGAACGGUGAGUGGUAGCGUGUGUUGCUUAUACGACCUUUUCGCAACGGGCAGCGAGCUGGAGGGGUGAGUGCGCUGGCUGACCGCUGCACGAUACAUCUCCCAAACGCAAAAUGGAGACGUAUUUGUGCAUCGUUGCAACCCGGGUUGCUGCCACUCGCGGCAGGUGCCCUCGGUACUUAGAUGAACAGGGGGAAGUGAGUUUCUUUACGCCAUUUUCCGGACACGGUGUUCGUGAUUUUGGGCAUAUGACACUUUUCUGGCUAUAGGUGGCGCCGACUCAAACUUCGCUCCUCGCCGUUGCUGUCGGACAGGAGACGGCUAGAGUUGAGCAAGAUUUCUGUUGAUGCAGUACUGCAUCGAGCGGCACGUUUCAUGCCUCUGAAAGUGUUUGCGCUCGCCUUCACAGCUGUUUAUUGGAGGAGAGGAAGCCCAACAUUUUACAGGUGACAUUUAGAUUUUGACGGUGAACGAACAAGAAGCGCCUGGAGACGAGGAAUUGAGGCAGCCCGACGAUGUGUGGCCUGCCAAACGACGAAUGCAGUGGACGCAAGGGACUAAAGACCCGAAGACUAACGGAGGAGAGAAUAUGGAAAUGACUAAGGAGAAUGCUACGAAGUAUCAGGAGGUGGAGGCCGUCCCGAAAACGGGGUGUGAUGAUUUGGCAGCAGGUGCGGCUACUAGUGAGGUCCAGGAAAAAGACAAGCAACGAGAGGGAACCGCAUCUGAACCCGAAUUUCAGCAGGAUGAGCAGCAGGAGCCUGAAAGGAGAGGAAACGACGAGGAGAGGAUGCGAAACAAAGGGGGGCAGCAGGAGGAGAGGAAGCCUUUGUUGGACACACAUGUACCAGCAGGCCAGCGAGGUUCCAUCACCCGAGUAAGAGCUUUUGACAGUGAACACGCAGAACAAUCGACCCAGCGGGGGGUAUCAAGUUCAACAGAGAAGACAGUUGUUCUCGAAUAUGAACCUAUUGCCGAUCAGAAGACCCAAAAAAGUGGGUACGGACUGCUAGACUCCAUGAAUAACUUACUUGAUAACUGGUUGGUACCAGGCGAAGAUACUGGGGAGGACCCACCAAAUAUUGUAACACCAAAGCCUGUAACAGAACCUACUGUGACAAGGAUCGUAGAGUACGCCCCGCAGAAUCGUUGUCAGGGCGAAGAAGCACUCAAUUUUAUGACGACGCUCGGGUCAUUACGGGUUGCUUGUCCUCUUGCCGAUCUGCAUGAGACUCAUCCGGCGUGCCCGGCAUGUCACCAGCCCCUCCCAGGGGACAAAAGGCCUCCGACCCACAGUUGGACCCGAUGGCUUUUCAAGCAGUGCGAAGAGCCCUUGGACAUUCAAUCCGAAUUUCUUGUGUAUCCGAAUCCUUUGUUAUACGCUGGACGUCGUCAGGUUCCGAAUAUUGAUGAGCCGUGGUUCGGUACUAUAUCGUACGUACCGUCCUAGAAAUGUAAUCACACGUGCGCUGUUUCUACGUGUGCAAGUUCGUUCGUGAGUCACUUCUUUUGCAUGCCUUGCAAGAAAUCUGGCUCAUCGGCUGGGAAAUGAUUAUUUUGUCUGUAUCUGCCGUUCGAUUUUAUCAUAAUUGCAUGGUUGAUGCUAACGCAGUGUGUAACCAAAUCCAUUUCAUCUAUUAAAGCG